UCUGACUCCAUACCUCCUGAUGACGGCGUGACACGCAUUGUGGGUGGCACAGGUGCCAAGCCAGGGGCUUGGCCCUGGAUCGUCAGCAUCCAGCAUCCAAGGAUACCAGGCACAAAGCAUUUCUGUGGAGGGUCUCUCAUCAGGGCAGAGUGGGUCCUCACAGCAGCCCACUGCUUUGACCUUAUUUUUAACACCAGCUUGGUGUAUGUGGUGAUUGGGGCCACCCAGUUGACUCAGCCAGGCCCUGGGGCACAAGUCCGCCAAAUUAAGAAGUUACUGCGUCAUGAAAACUAUCAGAGACGUGACAUGAGCAAUGACAUUGCCUUGCUGGAACUGAGCAACCCUGUCCAGUGCAGCCCUUACAUCCAGCUGGCCUGUGUGGCUGAUGCUAUCUUAGGAGUGUCAGUGUCACAGGAGCAUAACUGCUGGAUUGCUGGCUGGGGUGCCACCACUGCAAAAGAUAAUACCCCCAGUGAUAAACUGCAGGAGGCCAAGGUACACCUCAUCAAUAUCCAUCUGUGCAACAGCACCUUCUGGUACUCAGGGAAAAUCCACACCCACAACUUGUGUGCUGGAUACCCACAGGGCCUCAUCGACACCUGCCAGGGUGACAGCGGUGGUCCUCUCAUGUGCCAGGACAGUCAUGCUGAUUACUGGUGGGUUGUUGGAGUGACCAGCUGGGGAAAAAGCUGCGGCAGAGUAAGGCGGCCUGGAGUCUACACCUCCAUUCAGCAUUUCUAUGACUGGAUUCUGGACCACAUGGGCACAAAGAAUGUUUAA